AUGAAUACCUUCCGUAUCCAUGGGACUGUAGCAAGUAUUUUAUUUUCACUCAUCAUUUUCCAUUUUUUGCCUUACGUUACAUGCCAGCAGGCGCUAGAGUAUGUAUCCCCAUAUCCUUAUAAAACAAGAAAAUUCGAUACCGAAUCGAUAAUUGUAAUCGUUUUGGUUGUAACGUUUAUGUCAUUGAUCAUGGUCUUCGCUUGUUGCUGUAACAACACAUCAUCUAGUGCAGAGAUUGAUGCGGCAAGCCUGUUGAACAAUAGAGCGAUGCGUGGGCUCGAGAAGGAAGUCAUCGAGUCUUUUCCAUCUUUCCUGUAUUCAGAAGUUAAAAGGGUCAAGAUAGGCAAAGGCGGAGUAGAAUGCGCGAUUUGUCUAAGUGAUUUCGAGGAUCAAGAAAGACUACGUUGGUUGCCUCCUUGUAGCCACACUUUUCAUGCUAAUUGCAUCGAUGUGUGGCUCUCUUCUCGGUCCACAUGUCCGGUCUGUCGUGCAAUUCUGUCUUUAGAACAGGGUGAGAACUCUACAUAUCCGAGCAUGGAUGUUGAAGAAGGAAAUGCACAGAGAGGCGGACAUUCAUUGGUUCAACUAUGUGAGAAUCUUGAAAGAUUCACACUUCAACUACCGGAAGAGGUGCAAAGACAAUUUAUUAGCUUGAAUCUGGUAAGGAAAAGCCACAUGGCCUUGCCUCAAGCCAUGAGUUCAAGACAGAGGUAUAGAAGCGGGAGCGAGAGAGGUGGUUUCUCUUCGGGAAGGCAAAGGAUCCAUCGGGAUCUUUCUUUUUCUUUUCAAGCUGCUUCUGUUCAGAUAACACAUGAGAGGAAUGAUCAAGUGGUAGAGACUUCCCAAGACAAGGACAACAACUUAGGUGAAAGGUCGUUCGAACGCCUCAUGCCAGAGAAGGUGUAA